AUGAGGGACUUUGAAUAUCAUGUGAAGGAAACUGACUCUGACAUACCCAGUGGUUCUUUAUGUGUGGGAGAGCAGAAUGCUGUUAGUGAACUGAUGUCCAGUCCCCCUGUAAGCUCGGUUCCAGCAGCGCUUGGGGCUCUCCAGAACCUCCGCGCUCGCCUUCCCUCCUCCCUUAGCAACCGCGAGGCUGUGGAUACCGCCAGCGGGUGGGGGCCCGGGAGGCUACCGGGCAGCUCUGGGGCGGCGGCGGCCCAGCUCAGGUGCUCGGAGCUCGGGCGGCCGCAGUGCGGAGUCACCCGGCGAGCGCAAGUGUCGCUGCGCCAGCGAGCACGGGGCCCCGCGCACCCAACCUCCGCACCUGCCGCGGGGUCCAAAAGGGAUCCUGCAAAAAUGAGCCAUUCUCACCCGGCUGGAUUGCUGGCAGCAUAUAAUAGUCUUACCGAUAAACACCUGACUGGAUAUUUCAACAACACAAGGAUAAGGCGGCAUCUCUUAAGAUCAGGCCUGAUUACAAGAAGUGGAAGGAUACUUUCUGAAAAAGAAUACAAACUAAAUAUCAUGAAGAAGGAUCACCAAAAAUAUAUCCGGGAGUGCCUAGCUCAGGCUAUUUUCCAUAAAGUUCUUGAUAUGGAGCGUUAUCAUCAGCUUGAAAUAAAAAGGAAACUGGAGACCUUAGCUAGGAAGGAGCGAAUUCAGAGAUUUAAGGGAGAAGCCACAAGAUGGUCUAUAGAAAAUAACAUGCCAGUCCUGUCUCCCCACCCCCCAGCUGGCCCGAAAACUAACCGUGGCCAUGGUGUCCUGGUUGAUGAAGGACAUUCCAGUCCAGGAACACUGACAGCCCCUCGACCAUACACUGCCCCAGGAAAUAUGCAGCCUCCAAUUCGAUUAAAGCCUCUUCCCAGUAAUCCUGUGGUGGGAACUGUUCCAAAGAUAACUUCGGGAUCCAGAUCCAAAACCUCAUUGCUGGAAAAUGAAGCUCCAUUUCCCAUUGGGGGCAAGAAGGCAGUGAUGAAGUUCAAGAACUCCAUGGACAAUUCACAGGGAGUGAAUCGCUAUCAACUUCCAAACAUUAACAAUUACAUGAUGCCUAUUCCUCCUCCACCUCCUCCCCCCAGUGGAAGAAUCACGAGGGAAAAUAGACUUGAAUCAUGGAGAAGGAGAAGAUUCCGUCCAACCACUGCUCCAAAUGGCUUAGAUCCUCUCUUUACCAGGGAUUCAAGAAAGAUUCAUAAAACGCCACCACAUAGUAAUGCAGCUAUUACAAUGAUCUAUUUGGGGAAAACUGUGCACCUGUCUCAUGAUCACCCAGACUUCCGGGAUGAAAUAAAAGUUUAUCAACAGCAUUGUGGUGGGGAAAACCUUUGUGUCUACAAAGGCAAACUACUAGAAAAAGAGACCUUUCAGUUUAUUUCCAAAAGGCACCAUGGUUUCCCCUUCAGUCUCACCUUUUUCCUGAAUGGGAUGCAGGUGAACAGGUUAAGCUCCUGCUGUGAAUAUAAGCAUCGAAAAGGUUCCAGACUUGGAGGCAAACGAGGCUACUUUGGGUUUGUGUGCGUGGAGAGAUCAUCUCCUUGCUACAAGUGCAUUAUUGCAAUGGGCCUUGACAAAAAUCCAACUUCACCAAAACCUAGGAAAGAGAAGAGUAUUGAGAAAAGAGAAGAACUGAAGAAGGGUGAGGGGAAACUGAGGAAGGGUAGAGGGCACAUAAUAUCAAGAAGGAGUGAGAUGGAGAGGAACAAAACCACUUCAGUCAUUUUUUCAGCUCAAGAAGAAAAAACAGGGAUUGUGGAAGUGAGGACAGCUGUGGAAGAAAUGGAACUUAAAAGAAAACCGGGACAAGAUGUUUGGGAGGAUGCCCAGGAAAAUAUAUUUAAAUAUGAAUACGAAGAAGAUUUUGAAGUAGACGAGGAGAAACAAGAUGAGAAAGCUAAUGAAGAAGGACAGGCUGAUGACCAAAUGACUGGGAUGUCAAAGUCACCCUCAGAUGAUGAAAAAGACCAUUUAGACCCUGAAAAGGAGAGUGAAACCUCGUCGCAAAAGGCAGCAGAUGCUGACGACAAUGUAAAAGAUGAAGGUGAUGGGUGCUCUGACAGUGAGUUGGAGGAGGAUAAACAAGGUAUAAAGACUGCUUCAUCCUCCUCCUCCAGAAGUCACCCAUGUUCUAGUUGCAGUGAUGAGUCUGCCCUGGGAGAUAGAGGAGCCCACACUGGAAACAGUCCGAACAGAAGGGCCAGGAGUUCAUCUUCCCAGGAGCUGAGUGAAAGUGAUGAGCCAGGAAAAUCCCAGCUUCCAAUGGAGGAUUAUUUAGAAGUUGAAAUCGAAGACCAAGAAAUCAUAACAGCGGAUGUAGAGACCAAACCUCUGCCCAUAGAGGAACACUUGGAGAAUGUUCUUGAAGAAGAAACGGAGAAAGGAACACAAGUGAUUGCCGAGGGCUUAUCUGAGAAGUCCAGGGAACGUCUUUCCACAGAAGAAAAAGAAAAGGAUAAGAGUGAGCUUUGGGAAGGAAGCACUGCUAAGGUGGAGGACAAAAAGGCAGGUCCCCGUAGGGUGGAAAAAGAUGUUGGACAGACUGUCGCUGAGGCUGUGGAAACUGGCAGCCACCAGCACUAUGACACCGAGUCUGGUGUUAGCAGCACAGACGAGGAGAAGCACUCGAGGAAGCUGGAGAAUGACACAGGUGCAGCACCACAUAGGAAUUUCAUGUUGGAGGAAAUGGCAACACUCAGUUCAGACACAGAAUCCAACCAAGGUGUAUCAGACGUGUAUACACUGGAGAAGAAAGAGGCAGCGAAGGAAGGUGAACUUCCCCAGCACGGGCAUGCUGACACAAUGGAAGAGAAAGGGGAGGCAGCAAUGUGGGGAAAAGCAAGGGUUGACCAGGUUCCCUUGGGGGAGGGAAAGCCAACAGCAGAGCAGCCGGCAUUAAUAGAACAAUUUACAGAGGAAAGAGAGCUCCCUCAGGGCAGAGUGAGUGGGGCUGAGGCAGAAGCUGAAGGGGAAGAGAACUUAAGCCCCAGAGGGAUAGAAGCCACCAGAGACUCUGGAGGUGUGAAUGAAGAUGAGGCUCUUGAAGAGACAGCCUUGUUGCCAACAGUGCUGGAGACCGAGAAGGCAGCUGCUGAGGGGGAGUGGGGCUCCCAGAAAUCAGUGCUUGCAAGUGAAGCAGCUCUGGACUCAGAGUGUAUGCUGGAGGCCACAGCCCUGAGGGAGGCAGAGGAGAGAGAGGCUGAGAGAGCGGAGGCAAUGAAUGCAGCAGGGUCUGGAAAGCCUGAGGUGGUGACUAGGGAAGAGCAAGCAUCUGCAGACCUAGAGGACCUGGGAGCUGUGGGAGAUGCUGCCUCUGAGAGAGAAGGUGGUUCGGCAGAGGCAAUGCUUGGGGGAGAAGAACAGGCCGAAGAGAGGAAGGCAGCCAUGGGACCAGGGACACCCUUGAGCUCCUCAGCUUCAGAGAAGGCUGAGGCAGCCUGGAUGGGGCUUUCGGAGAACAGCCUGGAAGAUGUGGAAAGGGAGGAGGUUGGGAUGGAGGCAGAAUCUAAUAAAGAAGAUGACAGGAAAGAAAUGCUACCCAGGGAAUUAGGUGUAGCAGAAGAAAGGAAGAAAGCUGAGAGGCCAGAAUCCCCUCUGGAGGAAACUGAAUCUGAGAGGGAAGAGGUGACAGGGGCAAAUGCAGGGCAGGGUGAGCAAAAGUUUAAAGGGGAACGGCAGGAAACCUCGAAGGAAGUGAGACCCGAGGAAGAGAGACAAGUCUCCCAGAAUGAAAUGGAGUGUGAUGCAGAGGGUGAAGCCCCCAUCGCGGGGUUGGAGUUGACUGAAGACGUAGGGCUGCAAGGAGGAGAUUCACUAAGAGAGAUGGGGGUGACCAUGUUUGAGGGGGCACCUGGAUAUGAGGGGUCACUGGAAAACACAAGUGCUCUGAGCAAAGAGGAAGGAGGGGAAAGACUGAGAGAACCCCAGGACCCAGAGCACAAAGGCAGAGCAGAGCUGCUCCCCAGGGAGAACGGGGCUCCCUCGGGGCAGGACCAAGGGCCGGGCCCUGAGGGGAAGGGUGUGUUAGAAUCUCCUGAAACUGAACAAGCAGGAAAGGGGCAAGCACCAGAGGCAGAGAUCACAGCCACAGGUGAGGCUCAGGAGCACGCAGCCGAAGAUCAAGAUAGCCUCUCGCGACUGGAAGCGGGGGAUGAAGAAGGGUCUUUGCAAAGGCAGCAAGGAGCAGGGGUCACAGCGAUGACCCAAGAAGAUGUUUCUGAGGAAGAUUCCAUGAUGGCACAAAAGCUGAGUGAAGAAGCUAUGGAUGAGGAGGCAGAUAAAGAGUGCGUUCCGGUGACAGGAGUGAGGAGGCACGGGGACACAGAGGGGGAUGGGAGCUGGCAAGUUGGAGCCGUGGUGGCUGAGGAAGUUCUCCACCAAGAAGACGACGCUGCAGGAACGGCUGCAGAGCAGAGGGAGGUGUUGGCAGAUUUGAAGACAGCUGAGGGGAAAACAGAGGCAAAUAAAGCCUCCUCCCUGUCAGAUGUUGCUGGCAAGGAAACUUGGCACGAAGUGGAGGGGUUACUAGGGAAACAGACAGCUGCUGAGAAGGUGGUGGCAGAGGAAAGAGCUCCGAGCAGGGAGGAGGUGCCGGGGACUUGGGUAACAGAGACUGAGGUGGGGGCUCCACAAGAACCUUCAGACCGGGGAGGGAAGACCCCACAGCUAGGGGAGGAUCCAGAGGGCCGGGGAGUCGAAACCAUGCAGCGGGCAGAGUCCCUGGGAGAGGAGGCUGGCCAGGGGAGCUGUGAAGACGGGCAUGAGUUGGGUGCAGCUCAAGAAUUCAGCUCAGGAGUGUCCCGAGGGAGAGAGUCAGAGCCUAGGAGAGAGAGUCUACAGGGCCUGCAAACGCUCCCUGUAAAACCUGAUUACACGGAAAGCCAAGAGAGCCAAGAGCUUACAGUGCAGAGAGAAAAAGAGAACGUGCAAACGCAGAUGCCUCCUUGAACAACAUGAAGGCCUAAGAGACUUUGGGGCAGAAGGAUGUUUGAAAGAUGUCUUCUGGAAGACUUAAGACUGGAGAGAGAUUCACCCAAGCAUCUCAUUUCGACUUUGGAUUUUUACCUCUUUUUUUUUUUUUU